AUGGAGGGUACAUUAUUCAAAUGGACGAAUUAUUAUAAUGGAUGGCAACCUCGUUAUUUUGUAUUAAAUGAAACAGGUAUUCUUUCAUAUUACAAAUCAAGUGAAUUAAUUCAUGAAGGAUGUAAAGGUUCAUGUUUAGUACCUGCUUGUGAACUUAAAGUUCAUCCAAAUGAUCCAUUACGUUUUGAUUUAAUUAUUCCGGGUGAACAAUUUUUUUGUUUAAAAGCUAAAUCACAACCAGAACGACAACGUUGGCUUGUUUCUUUGGGAACAUGUAAAUCAAUAGGAACUAAAUCAACAACAUCAACAACAACUAUUACAAAUAAUAAUAAUAAUAAUAAUAAUAUACCUCCAGCAUUGAUUUCAAAUAUAAAUGCAAUUGAUAAUGAACUUAAAAUAAAAGUCCAAGAAUUACGUCUAUAUGAAACUGUUCUUACACAACGUAUUCAUGCUAUUAAAUCAAUUGCAAAUGAUACACCAAUACCUGAUAUUAAAAAAUUAGACGAAUCAACAUCAAUGUUAAGUGUAACAUGUGAUGCAUUCAUUCAUACGCUUGAUGAAUGUGUUAAAUUAGCAACUGGUGAUUCAUCUCAAUCAUUACUUUUACUUUCUCCACCUUCAUCAAUAAUGCCUGAUGAUUUAUCAAUAUAUCAACAAUCAUUUUCUCAAAUUGGUUCAACUAAGUUUAUCAACAAAUUCAACAACAAUAAUUUUACCAAAACAAUUUUUUUNUGUGAUGCAUUCAUUCAUACGCUUGAUGAAUGUGUUAAAUUAGCAACUGGUGAUUCAUCUCAAUCAUUACUUUUACUUUCUCCACCUUCAUCAAUAAUGUCUGAUGAUUUAUCAAUAUAUCAACAAUCAUUUUCUCAAAUUGGUUCAACUAAAUCAACAAAUUCAACAACAAUAAUUUUACCAAAACAAUUUUUUUAUAAAACAUUUUUUUCUCAACUUCCUUUUACAUUUGCUAAAUUAACUUCAUUAGCAUUUAAAGAUAUUCAUUCAGAACUUUUCCUUUCGACAUGUGAACAAUAUCUUUCUAUAAUCGAUAAAUUCAAUAGUAAAACGUUUAUUCCAUUACGUGCAGAUGCCAAUGGCAAUAUUAGUAAAUUAAGAAGAAAAAUUAGUAAUGAUCCAAAUAAAUUUCAAACAUUAUAUUCAAUUGUUAAUGAUGAAAUAAUUGCUAAAACAACAAAAGAAAAAAAUUCAGCUACUGAUGCACUUCUUUGGCUUAAAAGGAUGGUAACCUCGUUAUUUUGUAUUGGACGAAACAGGCGUCUUUCAUAUUAUAAAUCAAGUGAAUUGAUUGAUGAAGUAUGUAAAGGUUCAUGUUUAGUACUUGCUUGUGAAGUUAAAGUUUCACAUUUAAAUGCAAUUGAUCAUGAAUUUAAAAUAAAAGUCCAAGAAUUACGUCUCUAUGAAACUGUUCUUACACAACGUAUUCAUGCUAUUAAAUCAAUUGCAAAUGAUACGUCAAUACCUGAUAUUAAAGUAUAUUCAUCUUCUUUCUGUUUUUAA